AUGAAAUAGGAUUAAAAAUUGAUAAAAGAGGCUAUCCUUUUAGAAUAUGUUGAACGUAAUGAAAAGUAUAUCUUUGAUCCAUAUUGGUAUUAGUAAUAAGAAUAAAAGAAACAAAGAAGGCAAACACGCUACAAAAUGUUACUCAAGUAAUAAGACCCACUAUCUGCAAGGCUUAACAAUCGUUUACUUUCAUUUUCAGAAUUGCAAGCCCCUGCUUAAUAAAUUAUAGAGCAAGAGAAACUAGAUAGCAGUGAAUAUAAAGUAUCACUAAAUAGUCUGGAAAAAUAACUCAGUCAUAAGAGUCCAAGGCGAGAGCUGAGUGACACUACUUAGGAUCGAAGAGAGUUAAAAUAAACUAUGAUAAAACUGACAAAAAUAAAAAAGAGUAAAAGGAAUCAACCUGCUUUUACUUAAAAUAAAAGAAAACAAUAAUUAUCUCUCAAAUCUAGUGAACACAAAAAGCUGAGACCUAUGCUAGAUAUCUAUUAAAAUGAUUACGGUUAAAGUCAUUGA